AAUGGUUAAAACGAUUAAACAUUAACCAUCCAUCUAACCUCAACUCAAUGUGGACCGGGUAGUAGUGGCAGUAAGAAUAAUGUAAUUAUAAAAGCUGAAAAUGUUAUUUUGUGCAGAAUUAACAACUGUAAAAGUAAUAUACAAUGUUUUAAAAUCAAUUACUAUUAAAGAUUUUGCUAUUGUACGGCCCAUGAAGGAAGGUUUAAAAAUUACAGUUGAAGAAAUGAAGUGUAUCGAAACGUCCGCUUAUAUUCCAUGCAAUAUGUUUUCAAUGUAUCAUAUUGAUAAAAAUGAAGAAUGCUUGUUUAAAAUCAAUUUAAAAACACUUACUGAAAUUUUAAACAUAUUUGGAGACGAUGGAAAUUCGAGUCUUAAACUCAGCUAUAAAUCACCUGGAUCUCCUUUAUGCUUAGUUUUAUAUCAUGGUGAGGAAAAUAUCACUGUUGGUUGUGAGAUACGAACAAUGAACUGUGAUGAUUUUGAAAAUCCAAGUUUAGCCGAGGAAUGUGAUUUAAAUAAAAUUGUCAUUAAUGCUAAUAUCUUGCUGGAAUUGCUUCAAAGGCUAGAUAACUCGGCAGAGGAAGUUAAAAUUACCUUCAAUCCACAGCCUCCAAAUUUUAUUUUAAAAACUAGCAGUUUGUCAGGUGAAUCUGAAGUCAAUAUUUCAAAACACUCAGAAUCUGUUACUCUAUUCCAGUGUAAGGAAAAGAUAGAAUCAGUGUAUGCCUUUUCUAAUAUCAGGCACAUUUUAAAAGUGAUGCACUAUGCUAGUAAGGUUGCAAUUUCAACUGGAGAGUCUGGUCUUCUAGGGCUUCAACUUGUUAUAAAUUCAGAUGAUAAUCAGAUGUAUGUUGAGUACUAUGUAACAGCACUUUAUAUUAAUGACCAGUAAAAUUGCAAAUUAGUAAACUUUCUAAGUAAAUUUUUUCAGAGAACUAUCUUCCAGCUAAAUGCCUAUAUGUAACCAAAUAAAAAAUAUUCAUUUUGCAUAUCUUCUAGAAUCUCAUUUAUUUCAAAUAAAUUAAUAACAUGUUUAAAAAUAA